CUAGUUAUUGUCAAAUCUUGCAUAUUUGCAAAAGCAUGUAUAAAAAAUGAGCCCUGGCUGUCAGUGGGCUGUGUGUGUGUGUGUGGGGGGGGGGCGGGGGGGCUCUGCCCGCAGCCCCCCAGAAGCUCCGGGCCGCCCCUGACCGGGGACCAGCAGACCGGAUCACCGCCGACACCAGCAGCAGUUGACCGCUCCGCGCCCGGAUGCUGCGCCUCUCCCCGGGACCUGACAGCACCGAGCCGCGGGUCCACGCCUCCUCCCCCCGGGCGGUCCCUCCGCGGUGCCCCGCACGCAGCCGCCUGUCCGCGGGCUGCGGGACAGAAUGAGCACCGGCCUCGGUGUCCUCCCGCAGCCCUGCCCGCUCGGGGCGCCCUGGCCUCGGCGCGGUAGCUAGCUAGCAGAGCCCCCUCUCCGGUUCUCUCCGGUGCUCCGCGAUGCGGCGGCGGGUCGACGACGAGCGGAAGACGCUCCGCGGGGCGUCCGCUGCUGUGUGCCCGGUCCGGGCGGAGGACUGUACCGGUGCUACCGUCAGAUAGAGGACCGGCAGGAAGCCGUGGCUCACGGGGGAUGAACACGAGGAGACACCGGCGGACAACACAAGCUCCGGGGGAGAGGAGACAUGCGCGAGGAGGAGGACCGCGGCAGCGCCGUGUAGAGGCUCCGUGUGUCCGGGGGAGUCCGACAGGCUCCGGGACCGCUUCACCUGCUAGUCCAGGUGGGUCUCUGUAGACCGCAUCGCAUGAGGACCGCGCCACACGGCCUGGAGGACAAGCAGCCCCGCAGCCUCUCAAAGCGGAUCUUCUGGUCCGAAAACAUAAAACACCAAAGACGGGACCCUUCUCGAGAUGGGGCGAUGUGGAUUGGGGUGUUCCUGUUCCUCGUGAACCGCAGAAAGGAGGCGACCACGAGGACGGAGGAACCACCAGCAGCAGCGGGAGGAGGAGGAGGAGGAGUGGUGGCUCCGGUGUUUGAAGAACAGCAGGUAUGGGUGGGGGGGCGUUCGGCAUGGCGAAUAGAAACGAGAGCGCCGAGGGCUCGGCGGGGCCCAUGGCGGCGGCGGUGGCCACGGCGGGAAGCGCGGCGGCAGAGAGCCCGUCCUCGGCCGUCUCCACCUACAUCAAGCUGGUGCUGCUGGGCCUGAUCAUCUGCAUCAGCCUGGUGGGCAACCUGGUGGCGUCCCUGCUGGUGCUGCGGGACCGAGCCCUGCACAAGGCCCCUUACUACUUCCUGCUGGACCUGUGCCUGGCCGACACCAUCCGCUCGGCCAUCUGCUUCCCCUUCGUGCUGGUGUCCAUAAAGAAUGGCUCGGCCUGGACCUACAGCGUGCUGAGCUGCAAGGUGGUGGCCUUCAUGGCGGUGCUCUUCUGCUUCCACGCCGCCUUCAUGCUGUUCUGCAUCAGCGUGACGCGCUACAUGGCCAUCGCCCACCACCGCUUCUACUCCAAGCGCAUGACGUUCUGGACCUGCGUGGCGGUGGUGUGCAUGGUGUGGACGCUGUCGGUGGCCAUGGCGUUCCCGCCGGUCUUCGACGUGGGCACCUACAAGUUCAUCCGCGAGGAGGACCAGUGCAUCUUCGAGCACCGCUACUUCAAGGCCAACGACACGCUGGGCUUCAUGCUCAUGCUGGCCGUGCUCAUCCUAGCCACGCACGUGGUCUACAUGAAGCUCCUCCUCUUUGAGUACAAGCACCGCAAGAUGAAGCCGGUCCAGAUGGUGCCGGCCAUAAGUCAGAACUGGACCUUCCACGGGCCGGGGGCCACCGGCCAGGCAGCAGCCAACUGGAUUGCGGGCUUCGGCCGGGGCCCGAUGCCGCCGACGCUGCUGGGCAUCCGGCAGAACUUGCACAACCAGAACCGGCGCCUGUUGGGCAUGGAGGAGUUCAAGGCGGAGAAGCAGCUGGGCCGGAUGUUCUACGUCAUCACGCUGCUGUUCCUGGUGCUGUGGUCUCCGUACAUCGUGGCGUGCUACUGGAGGGUGUUCGUCAAGGCGUGCACGAUACCGCACCGGUACCUCUCCACCACCGUGUGGAUGAGCUUCGCCCAGGCCGGCGUCAACCCGAUCGUCUGCUUCUUCCUGAACAAAGACUUGAAGAAGGGGCUCCUGUCCCACCUCCCAGCUCGCUGCAGGACUAAACCUCAUCCUCCACGAGAGCCUUAUUGUGUCAUGUGAUGAGACGGCGGGGCAGAGGAUGUGUUGUGUCUGCGCUCACAGGACUUUUGAUUUGAUGCAAUGAGUGUAAUGGUUAAAACACUGGAAUGGUAAGCAUGUGGUUCCAUCUACCAAACCCUUCUUCACUCCAACAGCAUCCACGACAACAAGAGAACAAUACUUAUUCAUAAUGCCGUCAUUGUGGAAACCAAGCCAACAACACAUGAGCUGCUUCGUAGGGUUGAUGACAAAGGUCUGAUUGAAACGAAGAAUGUUUGAUUGGCUUGGUGACACAAAGAUUCCCAAGAAGGAGAAAGCAGCAACUUGUUGAGUCUGAAUACUCUUAACAUAAUGGAUUAGUUAGCACAGAGAGAGAGAGAGAGAGAGAGAUGCAACAAGGUCCCUGGACUGAGGAAGGUUCGUGCUCAGCGUCUUCCUCUUCAGCUCCGAGUAAAGAAUGUGACGACAGACGGAGGAUGUCUCAACAGGGUUUUUAUUCCGUUUUUUAUGGUGUAAAAACUAAACCUCCAUCUGAGCCGGUGGUGGUGGCUUAGCGUGGUUCAUGAGGACGUGUGUUCAGGCUGUAAAACACCCUCAACCACAGAGACGAGGACUGCAGCUCCAUCCCCGUUCUCUCUCAUAGCGUUGAUAUCUGAGGACGCACAUCAAUACGAGAGGUUCCAAAUCAAAAGUCCGACUUUUAAAACAUUUAAAAUGCUAAUUGUUUCAGAUAAAUAUUCUAUGUAUAUAUUGAUCAGAAUCUUCACUUAUUAUGAAUUUGAGCACAGCCUAUUGGUGUUGUUAUGAUGACAUCACAGUACGACUCCGCUGUUCACGUCACAAGAGGACGUCCCAGAUCUAACGUCGGGUCGCUGUGACCUCCCUGGAGUCUGACGCCUCACUCGGAGGACGUCGAGCGCUUCUCUUCGUGCACACAUCUCAACACCGAGCCGUUUCCUUCUUGCAUCUCUCUUUAAAAAGAACGAAGGUUGAGGUGGCGUUCAGGAGGAAGAGGGGAGGUUGAGGUCAGUCAGCGAACUGAAGGUAGAACAUCGUGUCUGAGGCUCGGAGGAGCUCCUCGGUCACAUGUUGUCUUUAUUUCCAGAAGUAUGGCCUUACUCCAUAAACACCUCCACCCAAUGCCCCCGACCCUCUGGAGUCCUCCAGGAGGAAACACUGUGUACUCGAUGCUCUUCCCACUGAGGUCCGGACCGACGAUGGAGGGAACACUCAAAGGAGAGGGAGUAACUUCUCUGGAGUUUUCUUUCACUCCCGGACGUCAACCUGAGAGAAGGAAAGUCGACUGGUCUUCCCUUUGAGGAGCAGGUGGACCCAGGAGACACUGGAGAGGCCUUUUGAGUUGCCCCAGGCAGAUGACCUUUUGUAAAUGUACCGUGACCUCUGUUCUACUUAGUGUGUAUUAUAUGGACCGCAAAGCGACUCUGGAAUGCAACCGCAGAGUUCUGGAUCAUCAUGUUUUUACUGUGUGUGUUUCUAUUGGCAGGAAUGACUGAGUAAGACGAUGACGUAACGAGGAGAUAAGCAUCAAGACAUCAUGACUCGUGUUCCUCGAGGGUCUGAAUGUGUUUCAUGACGUUUACUCAAAGUCCCUUUUGUAAAACAUGUAACGGGUCAUUAUUAAUGGGACUGGAUUUCCUUUGUACAUAUUGAUGAAGGUAAAAGAGCUGCUGAGUCCGGCCACAUGUGAUCGUCCUCUGAAUGUCCCGUUGAGGAGGUCUUAAUGAAGGUGAAGAACCCACAACUGUACAUAGAAAACACUUCCACAGGGAAUCAGCACUCAAAUGGCCAUUUCCCAAAAAGGAUAGAAGUCUUCUCCACCAAUAGAAAUCUGAUCAUGAGAUCAUGUGAUCAGAACAAGCCCCCCCUGUUCAAUGGGGUCAUGACUGACCUCCAGGGGUUCCAGUGGUUCAGAGCUCUGCUGGUUGGUUUCUUCCAUCUGAAGAGUUUCCAUUAAAAGUGAAUAAAUAUUACAAAUCAAUCAAACCGUUAUAAUCAACUUGAAUGAUCCCUUAAUCCUCACCGCUUGUCUCAAAGGUCGUCUUCCUAUCGCUCACAUCAGAAGGACCAGAGCAGUUAGUGAAGGUCACACAAGGAUAGAAUAGACUGGUGUGACUACUGGUCUACAUGUGUGACUACUGGUGUGACUACUGGUGUGACUACUGGUCUACUGGUGUGACUACUGGUGUGACUACUGGUCUACAUGUGUGACUACUGGUGUGACUACCGGUGUGACUACCUGUGUGACUACUUGUCUACUGGUGUGACUACCGGUGUGACUACCUGUGUGACUACUGGUCUACUGGUGUGAAUGCUGGUCUACUGGUGUGACUACUGGUCUACUGGUGUGACUACCUGUGUGACUACUGGUCUACUGGUGUGAAUGCUGGUCUACUGGUGUGACUACCUGUGUGACUACUGGUCUACCUGUGUGACUACUGGUCUACUGGUCUACUGGUGUGACUACCUGUGUGACUACUUGUCUACCGGUGUGACUACCGGUGUGACUACUGGUCUACCAGUGUGUCUACCAGUGUGACUACUUGUCUACCGGUGUGACUACCUGUGUGACAGUGUGACUCCCGGUGUGUCUACCGGUGUGACUGGGCCCCAGCAGUACAUGACAGAUCCCAGGUCUGCGGUAAACACAGUAACAUUACAGGACAUCCAUGAUAAACAACAUUUCUUUGGGAGUAACUCAACGUCAUAGAGGGGAGGGGGGGGGGGGGCGUGGCCUAUGAAUGUUAAUUUGCCGUAAAGCAGAAGUGUGUGAACAAGGAGAUUCACGAGUCCGACGUGUUCCCUUUGUUCUGUAUUAUAUAAAAAGGUUGAGCUAUUCCGCAUGUCUCCGGCCAUUUAUGAUUUAUGUUGUUGAUUUUGUAAUGAAAAUAAAAGACAUUUGAAAUGAUCAGAACAUUA